CCCAGGCCCACAGCUGGCUGGGCCUCUGGCUGUUUAAUCUACCCCCGUGUUUCCUCCCCGCGAGCCUACCUGCGUCCCCACCAGGCCAGGAGCUCUGGCCGCCUGGCUGAACUGGGCUCAGGGAAUGCCCCAACUUAGAGGCUUCCAGGGGACCCCUUGUCCUGCAUCAGCCGGGGGGAGAGCCGAGGGCCUGGGAGGAAAUGACUCAGGGUGGGACGGAAACUGCUCCACCCAAUGUCGUCUCCCUGGUCCGUGGGUUAAAUUCCAAGGAUCUUACCAGCAAAAUUCCCUAUUAACUCUGGAGUUGAUCACACAGCAGGAAAGGGAGGCGGAGGGCAGGCCCCUGGGUUUCCCUCUCUCAGUUUUAGUUUUUUCAUCUAGCAGCGGGGAGAAGCAGACCCACCAGUAAACCUUUAACAAAUGCCAGUGAGCAAGAGUCUGCCGCCACCCUGGGAGGGGGAGGGUACUGUUAGCCCAUUUUACAGAGAAGGAGAAGCCACUGGCUGAGCCAGGAUACAACUAGCCAGGCCCAGUGCCUGGGCCCUGCACUAAGGGGCUGGGAAGAGACCCCAGAGGUCUUCACUACGUCUCCCUCUCUCCUUCCCUCCUUCCUAAUCUGAGACCAGGAGACUAAAGGAGAACCAGGACCCCAGGACCUUGGGCUCUCAGCUGGAAUGGAGUCCUGGGGUUCUAGCUCCCUGCCCCAGGGUUUGGGGCCUGCUUUAUGGGCCUAUAAACUGGACAGCUGUUCAGAGUCCUAUGCUUAGCAUAAUACUCUGCUAUUGUCAGCUUGAAAUUCUUACUAUGUUUUUUAAGAAGGGGCUGCAGAUUUUCACUUUGCACUGGACCCCCACAGAUCACGGGGCCAGUCAUGCUAGGGAGUCUGCUGGGUGACCCAGCACGCUUCCCCUCCUGCCCGCAGCCUCUUCUCCAGAGAGGCUGGAGACCUGGCACCUGGCCCACAGCCCUGCCUUUUGUGCCCUGCCUCCCCCCUCCCCAGUGCCAGGCAGACCCAGAAGCCUCUGCAGGCGUGGGAGGAGGGAGGAGGGAGGAGAGCCCCGAGCUGGGAAGUAGAGAGGAGCAGGCUGCUGGCCACACCCCAGCUGCUGGCCUGGCAGGAGCCUGUGCCUGGACACAGGUACUGGGCAGAGGUAAGGGUGGGAUGUAACCCGGCAGGCAGAGGGUUGGGAAGGGGAGAUCCUAGGCUCAGAGGGAUGCUCUGGAACAGAGACCUGGCCUCGCUCCGGCUCCUGCUGUGGAAUGCUGACAAAUUAGUGCCUUCCUCCAGGCCUCAGCUUCCUCAUCUGUAAAAGGAAUACUCCAUCGGCUACUUUCUCCGGGCCAAGGAGGGUGACCCCUGGCUGCUCCGGUGACUGGUUCCGGGCCUGCUGAAGGCUCUCUGAGGCAGCCCCUUCUCGGCCACUGGAGUUCCAGCAGCUUCUGAGAGAGAUGAGGAAACUGAGGCUCAGAGAGGUCACAUGGCUUGCCCGAGGCCCCUCAGCCAGUGUGACCCCACAUCCCUGCCCCCUGGGCCACCUGCAGGACGCCGGCCCCUGCCCCUCAGCAGACGCCGGAGAGAGAUGAGUAGCAACAGAGAGCAGCGCUCAGCAGUGUUCGUGGUUCUCUUCACCCUCAUCACCAUCCUCAUCCUCUACAGCUCCAACAGUGCCAGUGAGGUCUUCCAUUACGGCUCCCUGCGGGGCCGCACCCGCAAGCCCAUCAACGUCAGGAAGUGGAGCAUCACCGGCGCGUAUGUCCCGAUUCUCGGCAACAAGACGCUGCCCUCCCGGUGCCACCAGUGUGUGAUCGUCACCAGCUCUAGCCACCUGCUGGGAACCAAACUGGGCCCCGAGAUUGAGCGAGCCGAGUGCACAAUCCGCAUGAACGAUGCGCCCACCACGGGCUACUCAGCCGACGUAGGCAACAAGACCACCUUCCGCGUGGUCGCCCAUUCCAGCGUGUUCCGUGUGCUGCGGAGGCCCCAGGAGUUCGUCAACCGGACCCCCGAAACCGUGUUCAUCUUCUGGGGGCCCCCGAACAAGAUGCAGAAGCCCCAGGGCAGCCUUGUGCGUGUCAUCCAGCGGGCAGGCCUGGUGUUCCCCAACAUGGAGGCCUAUGCCGUCUCUCCCGGCCGCAUGCGCCAGUUUGACGACCUGUUCCGGGGUGAGACGGGCAAGGACAGGGAGAAGUCCCAUUCGUGGUUGAGCACUGGCUGGUUCACCAUGGUCAUAGCGGUGGAGCUGUGUGACCACGUGCACGUCUAUGGCAUGGUCCCCCCGGACUACUGCAGCGGCCCCGCCUCCAGCGCAUGCCCUACCACUACUAUGAGCCCAAGGGGCCGGACGAGUGUGUCACCUACAUCCAGAAUGAGCACAGCCGCAAGGGCAACCACCACCGUUUCAUCACCGAGAAGAGGGUCUUCUCCUCCUGGGCCCAGCUGUACGGGAUCACCUUCUCCCAUCCCUCCUGGACCUAGGCCACCCCGCCGGUGGACCUCCCACGGGGUGGGGGGGGGGAAGGCGGGAGAGACCACUCUCUCCUCCCAGCCACUCAACCAAGGGCCAUCUCGUGGCCAAUCAGAGCUGGCCGGAGUAUCUUCGGGCCAAUCAGGGCCUUGUAUCCUCCAGCCAGUGAGGGCCUGGGGGUGUCUCUUGACCAAUCAGGGAUUUGGAUUCGAGCUAUGUGGUUAAUCAGGGGUGUUGGAGGUGUUUCUUGUCCAGUCAGGGUCUGAGCAGUCAAUCAGGGUAUUUCUGAAGUUAUCUGAGGCUAAGGACGUGUGCUUUCCCAUGAGGCCUUGGUUCAGAGCCCCAGGAUGGACACUGCCCCUCCCCCAUCACUCCCUGUUGGCUGGGACAGUGGGGUCCUGUCCUGCAGAGCUGGGAACUCUGUGCUGCUCCCUCACUUCCCAGAGCCAGAAAGAGAGGUUGCAUGGGAGUGGGAGCUGUGUCUGGAGGCCAGGCCAGGGCAUUUGGGAGCUUGUGGGGGGUAUCUUAGAGGUAGGAGCCAGCCUCUGGGUCUUGGCUCUGCCCUGAGUGGCUUUGGACAAAACUCUUGCCCUCUCUCUGGUCACCCUCCUGCCUGUGUCAGGUUCUGACGUGGAGUCUGAGGCCCCCUUCCCACUUUCCCCACUGACCUCCUUGGGUCUGUCUUCCCUAAGACUGGACCCCUCCAGCGACCACCCCUUGCUGGGGGGCUCAGCUCCUUGGGGGUCUGGAGUCCUCUUCCUCACCUCCUCCUGGAAACUUAGGGUAUUUUUGCAUAAGCUCCCACAGGGGUUGGGGGUGGGUGGGAUCUAAUAGGAAAGGAACAAACCUUCAGCUGUUUCCUUAGUUCUCCACUCAGCUGCCAUUAGUUUGGCUCUUAAAGAGCCAGGCUCCCUUUUCUGCCAUCCAGCAGUCAGGCUUUCCACCUGUUGGAGUAGCCUUUGGGGUACUCCAAAGAGGGGUAAUCCCAGCCAAACUGGGGUUUCACACAGCCCCUUUUUCUGCAGCUGCUGGAGUCAUCCAAGGGUCUCCCCUCAGCUGGGCCUGGGAAGGCCCUCGGGGGCCGGGAGCCCCAUUGCCUGGGUUCUGCCCCCUCACUCUACACCAGGCACUUUAUUGCUGGACCUCAGUGGGGUGGACUUGACCCUGCUCUUCCAGAGUCCAGAAGGGAAGACUGGAGGGCUUCCUGGAGGAGGCUGUGGAACGGGAGGGGUCAGGUGGAGGAGGAAGAGGCCAGCAGCAAGCCUUUGCACAUUGGGGUGGGGGCUUGGAGCCGGUGAGUACCCCAGACUCGGUUUUGUAAUGAUUUGUUCAGGAAUAAAUGCACCUAAGCUCUGG